AUGGAGGCCGAGGACGCACAAAAGGCCCUACGCCUUGCCUUCAAGCAUGACGCCGGCGGCGACACUGCGGCUGCGAUCAAGUGGACCAAGAAGAGCAUCGCCAUCUACAAGACGCCGGCAGCAGAGGCACUCUUGAUCAGGCUCGAGAAGAGCGGUGCUUCAGGAAAUGGAGCAUCAGCGGCGGCUUCUGCAUCAGCAUCUUCCUCCGCAGCAGCAGCAGGCGCCUCCACUUCGGCGGAGGGUCUGCGAUCCCGAGCCUCGGCGCAGAGCAACGGACGCUCUGCCGCCGACACACCACAUGCAGCGCCAAAGCGAGCUUACACUCAGGCGCAGCUCGAGGUGGUCACGCGCAUCAAGAAGGCCGGCGGCGACUUUUACAAGGUGCUCGGUGUGGAAAAGACGGUCGACGAGAACGGUAUCAAGAAGGCCUACAAGAAGCUUGCGCUUCAGCUGCAUCCGGAUAAGAACGGUGCACCGGGAGCGGACGAAGCCUUCAAGGCGGUCUCGAAAGCGUUCACCAUCCUCACCGAUGCAGACAAGCGUGCGGCGUACGAUCGAUAUGGAGGCGACCCGGACAAUGCGAGAUCGGCGGCGGGCGCGGCAGCAGCAGGACACGGCAACCCCUUCGGAGGUAUGAGAGGCACGCCGUUCCGCGGCGGAGGCAUGUAUGCAGACGAGAUCGAUCCCAACGACCUCUUCAACAUGUUCUUUGGCGGUGGUGGCAUGGGGGGCGGCCAGUUUGGAGGGACGACGUUCACCUUUGGCGGACCAGGCAUGCGCACGCAUCAGUUCCGCCAGCAACGGCCAGGGGCCCGUCGGGCGCAAGCCGAGCCACAGAAUGCCAGCAUCUUGCUGCAACUCUUGCCGCUGCUGGUGCUCGGCCUGUUCAGUCUGCUUGCUUAUGCGCCGUCACUGUUCUCGACGCCGGAUCCCAACUUUGCAUUGACGCCCUCAGCUACGUACAAGACGCAGCGAAUGACAAACAAGCACCACAUCCCCUACUAUGUCAACGACAACCAAUUCAACAACCAUCCCUUCGUCACGGGCGAGCGCAGUCAGAAGGACAUCGCCGGAUUCGAGAACCGCGUCGAGAAUGCGUACAAGCAAGCCAUGUACUCGAGGUGCGAGCGCCAAAGAGAGUACCAAGAACGACGUCUCGGCGCUACAAGAGGCUUCUUGGGAAUCGGAGGCGACGAGGAGGCUGCGAAAAGGAUCAUGGCAGAGGUCUACGAGAGCUGCGAGAACCUCAAGACCUUUGGCAUCUAUUUGUAA